CUCAGAUCAUUCUUGUUCGACGCAGAACUAUGGCAGACAACUAACAGGGCUCAAUCUGGAAGCUACUACGCACCAAGAAAUGCAUUCGAUGCAGCAGAAAUGCAGUGUGAAGUAGUCGGAAGAGACGGUAACUUCCGGGGAUGCGGCACGGCUCUAGAGAACAAAGAGAUCUAGGACAAGGCGAAGCAGAAAUUAAGCUCGUUUAUAAACUAUGUCAAGUCCGAGGACUUCCACCAAUCCUGAAUCAAACGCCUCACCAAGGGCCGUGGGUCCCCGAAAGCAUCCUGCAGAAGAUCCCGCCGACGAAGAGGAACCGUCUAAACAUCCCCGCUCAGCCGACGCCGACUUCUCAGAUGACGUUAAACCUGAAAGACGUGCGGGUGGAAGCUUAUCGCUCACCCCCCAGAUAUUGAACCCUCUCAAGCGAUCUGCCGACGAUGCUGAGACCGAACCUCCGAACCCCGGGGAUAUCGAUAACAGAGCAAUGGAAAAGAUUCGUCUUGAAGUGGAAACCAAUCCAACAGUGGAGCAGCAGAAACUCUCAGGUGAUGCAAGUAGUUCCAUUGAGACUCUUCACAAACGGCCGUUAGCUCAUAAAUCGUCGCCCGACCUAGGUGAUGGCCGUCCACCUGCCAAGCGCAUUCGCGUGAAAGGAGCAAAGCGAUCGAGGAAACCGCAAAAACAACGUGAUGACGCCCUGUUGCUGCCAGUAGAGCUACACCACGAAAUCCUCGAAUUGAUGUGGGAGGACGGCAGCUUUGAGGAUGAUAGACGCGAACUCGUGGGGACGCUACGUGCGUGUGCGCGGACUUGUUCGCGAUGGCGUUCUGCUGCACGUCCGUUCAUCUUUCGUUUCGUCAUGAUCAGACGCCCGAGUCGCCCUCAUUCAAGGAGAUCCACAGAUUGCGGGAUGGAUACAGAAAGUCCGAUUAGACGGAACAUCUAUUCCCAAUGAUGAUUAUCGGCGGAGACCCCUUGGAGCCGUUGAAGAAGACAAGGACCGCUGGAUAUAUGAGUUCCCAUUGAAGAUUGGAGUUCCACUACCAAGUCUCAAACGUCUUGAGCUUACUUGUUUUGCGCAUUUGAGCGAGAAACGCGAGGACCAGGAGGCUUUCGCUCAUUGGAUUAGAGAAUUGGCGGAAUUGCGCUCGGUCGUGGAGCUUAAUAUGCUUCGUUGUGAGAUGAGCUCGAAUAGCCUGACAGCCCUAGUUCGUGCGUUUCCACUGCUGAUCAGGGUUGGAUUCGCCUCCGUCGACUUCAGUGCACAAAAUUCCACAAUAAUUCGGGAGGAAUCACUCCCUCCAAAACCCUCGAGUCGGCGAGAGGGGUCUGGUACCGACAUACCUGACUCAGAAACUGUUUCUGUCAAUGAACCAUCUGUGCGACC